AUGAGACGGCACUACACUCACGACCAUCAUAGGGCCAAACGUCAGAAGAUUAUCCAAGUCGUCAAGGAGAAGGUCAGGGCUUACGUCGUGUUGUUUUUGGAGACCUCCUCUAUCCAUGGACUGAAUCAUCUCGUUGCCGCUCGAAGACAUCCUUUGGAAAUCCUCCUUUGGUUCACCGUUGUGGGCCUCUCAGUGUUCGGGUCCAUCUACCUGUCGCGCACCACGUGGAUCCGCUACCAGUACUCCCCCACAGUCGUCUCCAUGGACAGAGACAUGUUCGCGUGGAACACCACCUUCCCUUGCGUCACCAUCUGCCCCAACACCAAGCUUGAUGAGAAAAAACUUGAAAGCUAUGUUCAGUCAUCACCAGAAACAGAUAAAGAAACGUUAGAAUUGUUCAUCAGGCGUUUGUCAAACGCCACUUAUGAGAACUUCGAAGAUAUCCCAGAUUACGAAGGCAUACCCCCAGAUCAAUACAUGAACCUACUCCUGGAAUUGACCAGGGGGUUCAGACCUACAUUGACUAUAGGUGCUGCUGGUAUCAGUCUGAAUAUUGUGCCGACUAUCACAGAGAUGGGCCUGUGUUAUGCUAUUAAUUCAAGAGUUGCUGUCUAUAAUACUCCUUCGUACUGGGCCGAAAACAGAUGGGACGUAAUAACAGCUCACAAUCAAACGUUCUUCGUUCAUCCUCUGGAUGGAGAAGUCUUUGCGCAGGUCAUCAAUCUGUCUACUUCCUAUAAUGUUUACAUCCACGGGCCCCUAGAAGUACCAGAUAUAUCAACAAAGCGUCAACAUUCAGCUCAAGACUUCUAUAUGAAGUUGUACGUCACUGCACUCACUGUCUACACUGCUCCGGAUGCAGCUAGGCUAAGCGUGAGUCAGCGCCGCUGUAGAUUUCCUCACGAUAACAACUUGCAGCACAAUGCGGUGUACUCGUACAACAUGUGCAGAAUGGAAUGCCGCAUCAAGCUCAGCUUGAAGUACUGUCAGUGCAUACCUCAUUUUUACAGGAGAAUUGGUGACGAAAAGAUAUGUGACGUCAAAGGGUUGAAAUGCCUCUCAAAAUACAAAGAGGAGCUCUACAAGUUACAAAACCAAACGACCAAGAAGAAGGUGAAUUGCGGCUGUUACCCUAUAUGUGAUGACGUCAACUAUGUCAUACAGUCUAAUGUGUUACAAGAGUGGUUUCUGGGCACGAACCUACAAUGGGGUAUAGUGACGUAUCCUCGAAUGAGAUACCGAAGAGAUAUCAUUUUCGGUUUCACUGACGUGCUUGUGGCAGUUGGCGGCAUGGCGGGCUUGUUCCUCGGCUGCAGCGUGCUCAGUUUCAUGGAGAUCGUGUACUUCCUCUCUUUAAGACUCGUUUGCUACACUCGGGCUAAUAUUAAGAAAUAG